AUACAAAGUAUUGUCGACCGCGACACGAACGUUGCGCGGAAGUACGGAUACCCGGGAGGUCUUCGAUGGAAUGCGAUCAGCGUCGCGGAGAUAUUCGAGCCUGUGCUCGCUUACUGGGAAAAGCGCGUGGACACGGACAAGAGCAUGCUCGAGCGUUUGCUCGACACUGGCGUCUUGCUGGAACUAAUGAAUUUGUUUGUACACAUGAAUAGAGAUGAAUUUUACUCCACGCACGUGUCGGUCAAGUGCAAGUCGUGCCUGGGCAAACUCUGUACAGUUAAGAGGGACUUGUACAACGCCGUGGUGAUGAAAUGCAGAUUCGUCAGUCUAGUAUUUGCAUCUCUCGACUCGACGGAGUUGAACCGAGCCCUACAGAUUCUGAGAGCUUCAGGAAUCUUGAGAAUAUUAUCUCUUUCGUGCUGGACAGAUUGAGCAUUGUAUAUUACAGCAAUAAUUUGUAUAGAUGGGUGCACAUUAAGAAAAUUACGUCCAAAGAAGUCGCAAGCUUGGCUAUGCUGGACUGCUUGACCAGUGAUGAAGAUGAGAUAAAGAGCGAACUGGGACUUUCAAUCGAUAUCUCUAAGUACGACGUUACCGCGUUGUGUCUGCGUGAAGUCAACAGUUUACUGGAGGAACAGAUCGCAUUUGCGAACGGCGUGGCAGCGGUUCUGGAAAAAUUGAGGAAGCUACAGCCGAGUGAUCAAUAUGCACACACGGUGCAGUUAUUAUAGGGUAUUAUUUCUUAGGUUUCACUUACGAGAGCUCUAUUCUGGAGUACCACGAGUAAGCUAUACACGAUUUGAAGCAGAAAAAGUCGAACUCCGUAGCUGUUCUGUGCUCGGAAGCUAAUUU